AAGAUGGCGACAAGUCUGGAGAUGGUCCAUCAGUUCUUUCUCUUUCUUUAGAGAACGACACAUCGGAACGCCAAAAUUGAGCUCUCUUGAUCUGCUCCCAAUUCAUUGUUGAAAAGCACAAAUAGCUAUUUCAUACCCGACAAUACCGCGAGCUGUUGAGCAACAUAGCCGCCUCCGUAGUGCGUUUACAUUUGUGCGGGGCAGGUAGGCAGACUAAUGUUUGUUUAGAAGUGGUAGAAUGCACGUUUUUAGGAGAUUCAAAUGCAUAUUCUUGCCAGUGAGUCCAAGCAGGUUCUUUGCAAUAGUAGCCUAUUGUUGUGUCAGGGCAAGGCUAUUCGGUAUAUUUUAGCCUAUACAUUGUAUUAUGUGUAGCCUAUGAAAUAGACCUAUCAUGUAAUGUGCAUAGAUUUUAAUGUCUAUAUUACUGCCUCUUUUUCCCAGGUGUAGAAUAUGGAGGGAGAGGUGGGCCUUGUGACCGGCCGCAGUCAGAGAGAGAAGAAAAGAUCCUACAAAGAUUUCCUGAGAGAGGAUGAUGAUGAUGACCUAGUGGAGGAUGAAGAACAACUUGUCGUCAAAGAAUGCAAAUACAAGAAGUCAUAUAAGAAGAAGAGGAGACAUUCAGGUUCGGAACACCGCUACAUAGUGAGAGUGACUAUGAAAUGUGGAACCUUGGAAUUUGGAGCAAUGGCACCUUAUUCCCUACAUAGUACAUUAGUACUGCUUGGUGACCUAAACUGGGAUAUGCUUAACACCCCGGCCAUCCUACAAUCCAAACUAGAUGCCCUCAAUCUCACACAAAUUAUCAAGGAACCUACCAGGUACAACCCUAAAUCCGUAAACAUGGGCACCCUCAUAGAUAUCAUCCUGACUAACUUACCCUCUAAAUACACCUCCGCUGUCUUCAACCAGGAUCUCAGCGAUCACUGCCUUAUUGCCUGCGUCGGUUUCUCAAAUGACUGCCUUGCCUGGUUCACCAACUACUUCUCAGAUGAGGGCCUGUUGUCUGGACCUAUGGCAGUUUCUAUGGGGGUGCCACAGGGUUCAAUUCUUGGGCCGACUCAGCGAUCACUGCCUUAUUGCCUGCGUCGGUUUUCUCAAAUGACUGCCUUGCCUGGUUCACCAACUACUUCUCAGAUGAGGGCCUGUUGUCUGGACCUAUGGCAGUUUCUAUGGGGGUGCCACAGGGUUCAAUUCUUGGGCCGACUCAGCGAUCACUGCCUUAUUGCCUGCGUCGGUUUCUCAAAUGACUGCCUUGCCUGGUUCACCAACUACUUCUCAGAUGAGGGCCUGUUGUCUGGACCUAUGGCAGUUUCUAUGGGGGUGCCACAGGGUUCAAUUCUUGGGCCGACUCUUUUCUCCGUGUAUAUCAAUGAUGUCACUCUUGCUGCUGGUGAAUCUCAAAUCCACCUCUACGCAGACGACACAAUUUUGUAUACAUCUGGCCCUUCAUUGGACACUGUUAACAAACCUCCAAACGAGCUUCAAUGCCAUACAACACUCCUUCCGUAGCCUCCAACUGCUCUUAAACACUAGUAAAACUAAAUGCAUGCUCUUCAAUCGAACGCUGCUGUCACCCGCCCACCCGACUAGAAUCACUACUCUCGACGGGUCUGACCUAGAGUAUGUGGACAACUACAAAUUCCUAGGUGUCUGGUUAGACUGUAAACUCUCCUUCCAGACUCACAUUAAGCAUCUCCAAUCCAAAGUUAAAUCUAGAAUCGGCUUCCUAUUUCGCAACAAAGCCUCCUUCACUCAUGCUGCCAAACAUGCCCUCGUAAAACUGACUAUCCUACCGAUCCUUGACUUCGGCGAUGUCAUUUACAAAAUAGCCUCCAACACUCUACUCAGCAAAUUGGAUGUAGUCUAUCACAGUGCCAUCCGUUUUGUCACCAAAGCCCCAUAUACUACCCACCACUGUGACAUGUACGCUCUUGUUGGCUGGUCCUCACUACAUAUUCGUCGCCAAACCCACUGGCUCCAGGCCAUCUAUAAAUCACUGCUAGGCAAAUCUCCGCCUUAUCUUAGCUCAUUGGUUACCAUAGCAACACCCACCUGUAGUAUGCACUCCAGCAGGUAUAUCUCACUGGUCAUCCCGAAAGCCAACACCUUCUUUGGCCGCCAUUCCUUCCAGUUCUCUGCUGCCAAUGACUGGAACGAACUGCAAAGAACUGCAAAAAUCUCUGAAGCUGGAGACUCUUAUCUCCCUCACUAACUUUAAGCAUCAGUUGUCAGAGCAGCUUACAGAUCACUGCACCUGUACACAGCCCAUCUGUAAUUAGCCCAUCCAACUACCUCAUCCCCAUAUUGUUAUUUAUUUUGCUCAUUUGCACCCCAGUAUCUCUAUUUGCACAUCAUCUCUUGCACAUCUAUCAUUCCAGUGUUAAUACUAAUUGUAAUUAUUUUGCACUAUGGCCUAUUUAUUUCCUUACCUCCAUAACUUGCUACAUUUGCACACACUGUAUAUAUAUUUUCUGUGGUAUUUUUGACUUUAUGUUUUGUUUUACCCCAUAUGAAACUCUGUUGUUUUUAUCGCACUGCUUUGCUUUAUCUUGGCCAGGACGCACGCAGUUGUAAAUGAGAACUUGUUCUCAACUGGCUUACCUGGUUAAAUAAAAGGUGAAAAAAUAUUGCACUACUUUUGAGCAGAGCCCAUGAUCAAAACUAGUGCACUAUGUAGGGAAUAGGGUUCCAUUUGGGAAGCACAUUUCUCCCUGUAAUUUCAGCUCAAUCUCAUAGGUGCUGCAUCCUUUCCUGUACUCUCUACAGGUGACCACACCCACCCUCACAGAUGGACCAAUGGCAGUGCAGGACCAGAGUUGGAUGGUGUCUCCCAUCAUGACCACCAGACCUGUGAAUCACCAGACGAAUGGAUGACAGAGGGGGAGAGAAUUGAUGAAGUGAGUGAAUAGGUGGGGUGAGUCUCCAUUUUAUGUCCUUGAUUUCUUGCAGCCGCAGAUGUUCUCCUCCAAUGCGUGUUGAGAAGGAGGCGAGGAGAGAGGAUACAAGGAAUCAACAAAAAUACAAUUGAGAUUCACCCAGGGACUAAGACCUCUCUCUGUAGAUAGUAAAUGGAAUACCAAGUUGCCCUCUAGACACUGACCAGUGUUCAGUUCAGUCUAGCAUUUCCCCACUAGUGCUUAACGUUAAGGAUAUAGGAGGGUGUACUGAUCCUAGGUCUGUGUCUAAAAGUGCAACUUCUAGGUGUUAUUGUGUAAAAUGGACAGCAGAGGGCAGUGCUUGGUCAAUUUACUACCACUGAUCAUCUUUUCUGCUUCUUACUCAUCCCUCUAUUAUUUGUCCUGCUCCUCUCCCAGACUAGGGAGGAGUCUACCAUGCCAUCAUUCUGGAUGUACAUGGAUGACCAGCAGAACGAGAUAAGGGCAGAGUCCUCUACAGCUAGUUGCAGUCUCGUGACCCCUGCUAACCACAGACUCACCCAUGUUGACAGGGCCUGAGGUAGACCCAGUGAACGCAGCGGCCCACCUACAGCUGCUGGGGGAAUCCCUGUCUCACAUUGGCCACCGGCUUCAGGGAACUAAGGUGGGCUGGUUGAACACUGUUGGCUUCGUUGUCCUCACACACUGAAAGGCUACUGAAUACGGACAUGUAAUUCAAGCAUUGUUUGAUUGAAAUUGCUGAUAGUUUGAUGAAUCUGUCUCUCUGUUUCUAACACUCUCUCUUUCUCUCUCGCUCACUUUCGCCCUGAUGCUGCCUUUAUUUCUGUGUCUCUCUUUCUCUCUCCUCCCCCCUUUCUCUCCCCCCCUUUCUCUCUAGGAGAUGAUGGCAGUGUCAGGUAGUCUGUCUGUUUUACUGGACUCUCUACUGUGUGCCCUGGCUCCCCUGGCCUGUCUCACCUCUCUGGUCCCCGAGCUACGCAGCUGCCCUUCACACUCACACACACUGGUGAGGCUGUUACACACACACACACACUAGAUCCUGGCAUUCAGUAGCUGUCAAAUGAUUCUAUGGUAACUGAAGGACCCUCACCACCAACUUCUUCUACUAUUCUACUACUAUGUUUCUUCUAGGCUAAGACACUGGACAACAUUGCCUAUGUGAUGCCUGGUUUGUGAAGUCUGUCUGAUGAGGAGAAGAGCCUUAACCAGAGCAAGCAGGAAGUUGUCAUAAUUUGAACGGAUGUUCCUUCCUGUCUGUUUGGGGCCUAUAGAAAGGAUGGGUGGAAGAAGAAGCCAUGUGUUCUAAAAGAGGGGCUUAAGCGAACGGCCCAAUCUGCAAUGAGCGCUCUAAUUUACCUGUAUCCAAAGUUAUCUGGGUUCAUAUUGAAUUUGAAAGAUAAACUAUUUAUUUAGUUUAGUUUAUUUGUUCAAUUAAAACUUGUUUUGUUCAUGCAAUUGUUUGACAUUUUUCUAACUUGGCAUGGCAAGAGCUUCUAAUAAUCAACUGUUCUUGAAUUGUUGUUCCAGAUGAAAUACUUUGCAUAUUUAGAGAA